AAAAGACAGAAGACAUCCAUCAUUAUAGCAUAAUUAAUGAAAUGCCGCUUGGCUGAGCCACGAGGACAGACAACAUGCAGCCAUCUGGGGCCGUAUCCAAGGCAGCACCAGCCUUUGCAAAGGUGGCUCCCUCUGCACCGCCACACGGUCCACUAGCCCCUAGUGGAGGCUUGCUGUUUCCACCCAGCGACUUGGUUGCCCAAGCUGCUAUGCUGGAGCGGCCUUCUGCCCCUCCAGCACCCGCUUUCUUCGGUCCAUUGGGUGGGAGCUUGAACAAAUUGCCUCCUGGUGGAGGUUCCUUUGAACCAAUGCUUGACAUGGCACCACCAGGACCACCGCCCGGUAUGCCUUUUGGUGGCGAGGCUUCAGACCCACCAGGUCCGCCAGCAGGAUUGCCGCCUGGAUUCCCACCAGUUGGGAUGCCUUUCAUGGAGGCAAUGCCACCGCUUGGUUUUCCACCUGGCAUGGAGCCUUCUGCCGGACUCUCGGUGCGGGCUUUCGUGGAGAACUUGUCGGAAGGGGCAAAUGUGGAGUCUGCUUCACCGCCUGAGAUUGUUGCCAAGGCCCCGCCUGGUUCACCACCGCGAGAGAAGCCGGAGGUAAAGAAGAGGAAGAAAGGCGUUGAAGGAUUGGCUUCCAACAAGGCAAUCAAGAACGGAGGGGCUGUGACAAUCUAUGCAGGCUACGAUGCGGUCACUGUGGCACCCAAGGCUCCGGAUGCUUCUGAAAAGCCUUCCCAACCAGCACAGAUUACUGGUGGAGGCGUCACACAGGGCUUACAAAGGCAACUGCCGCCUGGGUGGGAAAUGCGCAAGUCACGGAGCACAGGGAAGGUCUACUAUGUGAAUGAAAAACUUGGCAAAUCGCAGUUUGACCCACCUGCUGGCUCGACCAUUGACAAGCAGGCUGAGAAGAAGAAGAAGAAAGUUACAGCUCGCAGCAAGGACAUACCGGAUGCACAGUUCACCGACAGGGGUGGCAUGCUUGGCCUGAUGAGGGCCAAUGAGCAAAAGAAAGGAAGGUGGGCCAAGUGGCAGAAAUGCAACGAGAUCCUCAAUGAGCCAGACCCAGAAGAAGCCAAUCUGCAGGAUGAUGCCCCCAGAUGGAAAGGCAAAGGAAAAGGGAAGGGAAAAAGGAGAGAUGACGACGACGACUGACGCUGACAGACAGCUGCGACAAAACUUAAGACAGCUUGCUAUCCUGCCUGCACGAUGACUGCAUAGGUCAUAGGAUUAAACGACAUGGAACCUUCAAAAUCAGCGGACUGCCAACGGGAUGUCACCAUCGCAGGUCUUUACUCUAGCUGAUCGCUUCCUCCUUCCACGGC